AAUAUAAUCAUGGUGUCAUUAAACAGAGGCCAAAUAGAAGAGAUUCUUCUUUAGAUGUAGCUGAAGAUAAAAUAUAUUCUUGUGGUUACAUAAGCAAAUAGUGAAACCUCGCGAUAAGACAUAAAUUAUUUUAUUUAUGUUCACAUUAAAAGGCAUAAAUAGCAGGUAGCACACCAUUGUAUCUACAAUCUCUGAUAUUUUCGGCAAAGAAUGGAGUGUUUCGCAUCAUGUGCAGCUCCGACAACAGGGGGUGGUCCGCUGCUCUUUACAUCAGCCUUGCAGUUUUUUGCAGCAUCACAAUGCAUCCUUGCAGAAGGCUCAGUACCAAAUCCUGAUAUACAAAAUUUUGAAAAAUUUAACUUUAUAAUUGUUGGUGCUGGAACAGCUGGCAGCGUUUUGGCAAACAGGUUGAGUGCAAUCCCAGAAUGGAAUAUUUUGCUUAUUGAAGCCGGUGAUGACGCACCAAUCGAAGCUAAUAUACCAGCCUUUAACACAGCUAUGCAACAAACCAAAUACGACUGGGGUUACCUGACCAAUAAUAAUGGAAUAACAAAUGGAGCAAAUAUAAAUGGUUCCAUCAACUGGCCACGAGGGAAAGUGAUUGGUGGAAGCAGUAACAUAAAUGCUAUGAUCUAUGUUCAAGGAAACGACCAAGACUAUCAAAAUUGGGUCGACCUUGGUAAUCCUGAAUGGAGUGUCAAAGAAGUACGUCGAUGUUUUAAGAAAGCUGAAAGUUAUCAAAAUAUGCAUUUGUUAAAAAAUCCUGGAAUCAGAAAGAACUAUGGAGUCAAUGGCCCUCUAAUAAUAAACACAUUUAAUAGUACUCAAAGAACAGAAACUUCAAGAAUCUUAUCUGCUUGGCAUGAAAUUGGCAUUAAAAACGUACCGGACUUAAAUGUCGCUAACAUGCUAGGAUCAGGAAUAAUAAGCGGUACUGCUGCAAACGGAGAACGAGAAAGUCAUAGCAAAGCUUAUUUGAUUCCAAUACUUCAUAGGAAAAAUUUAAAAGUUAUGAAGAAUUCCCUUGCUACAAAACUGUUAAUUAAUAACACCACCAACACAGUAUAUGGAGUAGAAGUUGAGCAUGAAUCUAACACGUACACAUUUAUUGCUGAAAAUGAAGUUAUUCUUAGUGCUGGAGCUAUAAACUCCCCACAGCUAUUAAUGUUAUCAGGAAUUGGGCCUAAAGACCACCUCAGUUCCAAGGAGAUCCCAGUCAUAGUUGACUCACCCAUGGUAGGACAAAAUCUACAAGAUCAUCUUGUUGUUCCAAUAAGUAUUUACGGUGAUGGAGCUAAACAAACUAAUAUAAUCGAUCAACAAUUCGAUGCUAUCCGGUAUCUUUACAAUCGUACUGGAUAUUUGGCACAAUUUAGUGCAGGUGAUGUUACAGCUUUCUUUUCUGAUUCCCUGGAUGCCACAUAUCCUAAAUUUCAAAGUCAUAUUUUACUGACAGAGCAAAAUAAACCAACUUUGAAUAGUUUUCUUAAGAAUAAUUACAGAUAUAAAAAUGAAAUAGUAAAUCAAAUGACUGAAUUGAACAAAAAUUACACUCUUUAUUUGUAUCUGUUUAACCUUCUGCAUCCCUAUUCUAGAGGCAAUAUUUCUUUAAGUUCCAACAACCCACACGAUUACCCGAUCAUCAACCCCAAUUACUUUAGCGAUCCCAGAGAUUUGGAAGCAGCUGCUACAGGAAUUAAAAUGCUUACCAAAGUGGUGAACACUAAAGCUUUCAAAGAAAUUAACGGCUUCUUGGGAAGAAUCGAAUGGCCACCAUGUGACAGCUAUGAAUUAGACAGUAGAGAUUACUGGAAGUGUAUUUGUAUAGAGAUGGUAGUUACAAUAUAUCAUCCUGUAGGAACAUGUCAGAUGGGACCAGAUCCAAAGACGUCAGUAGUAGACAGUCGGUUGAGAGUUCACGGAGUGCAGAACCUUCGUGUGAUAGACGCUAGUGUAAUGCCAACUACCAUUAGUGGUAAUACCAAUGGAGCUACUGGAAUGGUAGCAGAAAGGGGAGCUGAAUUGUUAUUGGAGGAUUACAACGGAUUGUAGAAAAAAUAAAGUGUAUUUUUGUGUUAAAUUCGCGUAGUGUUAUGCUAUUAAUAAUAUUAUUAAGUUAAA